AUGGCUUCUCAUGGUCAGCAACUAUCUUUUAAGAUUUCUCUAAUGUUCGUCGUGAUUAGCACUUUGUUUCUUAGUGAUGGCGAUCACGUAGCCAUGGUUCACGCAGGUCGCUAUCUUUUAGAAACAACUCCAGAAAUCUCAGUUUCAAAAUUUCAACUUCCACCAUUACCAGAGUUGCCACCAUUGCCAGAAUUGCCGCCAUUGCCACAGUUGCCACCACUGCCCAAGAUAGGCUUUCCAUCUUUCCACAAGCCGGAAUUUCCACCCCUGCCUAAGCUUGGCGGCUUCCCGUCUUUCCCCAAGUUGGAGUUACCACCAUUCCCUAGAAUUGACAUUCCGUCUUUUGCAAAGCCCGAAUGGCCAUCAUUGCCAAUAAUCGAAUAUCAAUCAUUAUCCGAGAAGCAUGCUGAAGAGUUGCCAAAGCCUGACAUGCCAAUUCUGCCGAAACCUGAACUGCCACAAAUUGAAGUGCCUACUUAUCUUCCAAAACCAGAGUUGCCAAAAACCGAUUUGCCAAAUCCCGAACUCUUCAAGCCGGAACUGCCAAAGCCAGAACUUCGCAAGCCUGAAUUGCCAAAUAAUGGAUUGCCAAAGCCAGAAUUCCCCAAGCCUGAGUUACCAAAGGAAGAAUUACCAAAGACUCAACUACCAAAGAAUGAUCAGUUCCCAACUUCUCAACCAAAGCCCGAGUUGCCAAAGCUUGACGAUCCAGCACUGACGCAACCGGAAUUGCCAAAGCUUGAUAUCCCAAUUUUUCCCAAGGCCGAGUUAUCCAUUGUCCCAAAUUUCCCAAUUGAUCUGCCUAAACCUGAGGUAACGCCGUUGCCAAAUUUUGAAGACCUAAAGCAGUCAGAAUUCCGCAGCAUUCCUUUUAUUCUACCAAUGCCCACAUUGCCCAGCCUUCCUAAAAACCAGCGCAGUCAUUCUCAUGCUCAUUCAAACAAGCCUUGA